AAGUCCACAGUAGAGAUGGCAGAGCCAGUGUGCCUGAUAGAUACGGACAUGAGUGGACAAUUGUGUGUGAGGAGAGAGGCAGUGGAGAUUCUGGAGAAGAUCACACAACCUGUAGUGGUGGUAGCUAUAGCGGGUCUGUACCGCACUGGAAAGUCCUACCUUAUGAACAGACUGGCAGGGAAACAAAGAGGCUUUGCCCUGGGAGCCACCAUAGAGUCUAAAACCAAAGGCAUCUGGAUGUGGUGUGUACCUCACCCCACUAAAGGAGAACACACUCUAGUGCUGGUGGAUACUGAGGGACUGGGUGAUGUGGAUAAGGGGGAUGAAAAACAUGACACCUGGAUCUUCUGCCUGGCUGUUCUACUUAGCUGCACUCUGGUCUAUAACAGCAUGGGGACUAUUGACAAUGAUGCUCUGGAAAAACUGCACUAUGUCACUGAACUGACCAAGUAUAUCAAGGUGAAGUCUGACUCAAAAGAUAAGGACCAGUCGAAAGAUUUCAUGUCCAUCUUCCCUUCCUUCAUAUGGGUGGUGCGAGAUUUCACACUGACAUUAGAGCUGGAAGGUCGUCCAAUCACUGCGGACCAAUAUCUGGACAGUGCUCUGAAGCUUAAAAAAGGAUCCUCUCCGGAGGUUUCGAGGUAUAACCAGCUGCGAACGUGCCUGCGCGAGUACUUCUCAGGGCGGAAGUGCUUUGUGCUUGAACGUCCUGCGAGCUCAAAGAAGAUGAAGCAGAUGGAGCAGCUGACGGAUGCAGACCUGGAUCCCAGCUUUGUGGAGCAGGCUCAGGAUUUCUGCACAUACGUUUUUAAAAACAUUGAAGCCAAGACCAUGAGUGGAGGCCUCAGCUUGACUGGCAGGAUGUGGGGAAACCUUGCAGAGACCUAUGUUGAAGCAAUUCGCAGUGGGCAGGUGCCCUGUUUAGACAACGCUGUAGAGUCACUGGCUCUGAUUCAAAACGGCCGUGCCAUAACUGAAGCCCUCCAGUUCUACCAGAGUGAGAUGAGCAGUAAAGUGCAGCUACCUACAGAAACACAAGAAGAGCUAUCUGACAUCCAUGCAGCCGUGGUGAAAGAGACCGUCGAGAUCUUCCUCAAUGCCUCCUUCAACGACCGUGACCAAAAACACCAACAGGAACUCAUGGAAAAUGUGAAGAAGGAAUAUGAAGAGUACUGCAGACGUAACGUGGAGGAGUCUCGUAAGAUGAGCAAGUCCAUCAUCUCUCGUGCAUUUGCGUCAGUGGAGACAGCAGUGAAGGAAGGGUCCUACAUGCGGCCUGGGGGCUACGCAGACUUCCGCAGCGACGUGGAGAAAGCAAUUGAGCAGUACAGAUCAGAAAAGGGCCAUGGAAUCAUGAAGGAAGAGGUGCUGAAAGAGUACAUGGAUGAGAAUGAGGGAACUACACAGAGCAUUCUGUCAGCCGACAAAUCCCUCACAGAAUCUGAGCAGCAUAUUGAAGCUGAGAGAUUGAAAACGGAGGCCCUGGAGCAGAACCAGAGGGUUCUGGAGGAGCAGAACAAGAUCCAGCAGAAGCAGAUUGCGGAUCAGGAGAAAACUUAUGAGGAGAACCUGAAACAGCUUGAACAGAAGAUGAGGGAGGAACGUAAGAGAGCUCAAGAGGAUUACGCACGAGUGCUGAACGCUAAAAUGAAGGAGCAGAAAGACCUGUUAGAAGAAGGUUUUAAGAAGAGGUCUGAUGAAAUGCAGAGACAGAUCGCCAUGCUGAGCAGCUGGCCUCUGGAGAACAAUGCUAGAAGCCAACUCGGUUGCUCAGUUGACCAUAAAGUGCGGAAUAUGUACCACGGGGCCCAUGCAAUAUCCCUGCUGCUGUUCACUAUAGACCUGAACUCCUUCGGCCAGAUCAUCAGUAAGAUUUUCUAUGGAUACAAGAUCAAGAGUGGAGCUACUUUCAGCAACGCCCUGUACAUGGAUGACAUCAGACUUUACGACAAGACCGAAAGGGCUGUAGACAAGUGUCCCUGGAUCCUAGUUAAAAAGUAG